AACAGUGAAACAGAGGGAAGACUCUUCCUCAGUGUAAAGUAUAAUUAGAAACAGAUAGCAGUUAUCAGAUAAGUAGGGGUAAGCAACGCAACGCAACGCAAUUUUAUCGCAAGAUGCUCUCACUCUCACCAUGCAUCACUUCUGUAAACACACCCAAUCUAAAGUUUCCCAAUAACAACGGAAACUUCUUUCUCUUACCCUCUCCCUCCUCCAAUCAUCACCGUCCCCUUAAACCCAUUUCAGCCAUCAUCAACCCUUCAUCAAGUCCCAGACAGAAACAACAACAACGACAGCAGCAACAACAACAACAACAACAACCACAGAGACAACUCUAUCAACCCUUCAGACCACCCCCAACUUCUCUCCCUCCAAAAUACGGUGACCUCGACAUUCCAGCUCGUCUCGAAAUCCUCGCUAACCGUCUCGGUGUCUGGCACGAAUACGCCCCUCUCAUUACUUCCCUCAUCCGUGAAGGUUUUACCCCUCCUACCAUCGAAGAAACCACCGGCAUUACCGGCGUCGAACAGAAUCGUAUCAUUGUUGCCACUCAGGUCCGUGAUUCUCUCGUUCAUUCUAAUACCGAUGACCAAACUCUCUCUUUCUUCGACAUCGGCGGUGCUGAAAUCUUGUACGAAAUUCGUCUCCUCAGCACUUCCCAACGUGCCUCCGUCGCACGUUUCAUUGUUGAGAAUAGGUUUGAUGGAAAAGGCGCUCAAGACAUUGCACGCUCCAUAAAGGAUUUUCCCAAGAGACGUGGAGAAAAAGGUUGGGAGAGUUUUGAUUAUACUCUACCGGGAGAUUGUCUCUCUUACAUGUAUUAUAGACAGAGUAGGGAACACACAAAUCCUUCGGAUCAGAGAACUGCUGCGCUUGAACUAGCCCUGAGUGUUGUGCAAUCUGAGAAGGCUAAAAAAGUGAUUUUGGAGGAACUGGAAGGGAAGGUAGAAAGCGUGGUUGAAGAUGUUGUGAUAAAGGUGAGUGUUCCGGUGGUGAGGUUGAAGAUAGGUGAAGUGGCGGAGUCCAGUUCGGUGAUUGUUUUGCCUGUGGUUAAAGCGGAGGAAGGCGAUAAAGUGAUUUUGGAAGCACCUUCUGAGAUGAGAAAUGAAGGGGUGUUUGGUGUGGUGGUGGCGGAGAAAGGGUGGGAAAGAUGGGUGGUGUUGCCGAGUUGGGAUCCUAUCGUUAAUUUGGGAAAAGGGGGUGUUGUUGUGUCGUUUAUUGAUGCUAGGGUUUUGCCUUGGAAGGCUAAUAAGUGGUAUAAAGAGGAGCCUAUAUUGGUGGUUGCUGAUAGGAGUAAGAGGGAAGUGGAGAAUGAUGAUGGGUUUUAUUUGGUGAAAGUUGAUGGUGAUGAAUUGGGUUUAAAGGUUCAAAGGGGUUUAGCUUUGAAAGAAAUGGGUGUUGGUGAGUGUUUAGGGAAUGUUGUUUUGGUUGUUAGGCCACCUAGAGAAGAUAAUGAUGAUCAGUUGAGUGAGGAAGAUUGGGACUGAACAGAAAGGAAUGAGGAAAAGUGUUGGGAAUUGUAGUCAACUGAGUUUUAAUCCCUUACGUUUUUCUUUUCCUUAUCUUUGGUUUUUUUGGUGGUGCGGAACAUGGCUCUAUUAAUUUGGGAUUAGUUGCAAUUUUCUUUUGUUUUGCUUACUUAGUAGAAGGACUUGAUCAUUUUUGUUUCCUCUUAUAAGUUACUUAUCUUUAAGUGGUUAAAGGUAAAUACUAUAGCCAAUUGUUGCAUUAAACAUCUGUUCAGUUUAGUCAUCUUGGGUUUGCCUUUGGUUCUGUAAUGUGUGCUGUGGAGUAACUUACAAGAAAUUUAGUCAUAUGUAUGUUACAAGAAAUUUAUCCUGAUUCUGGACUAAUAGAAGUUAUUGUUAUAUCUUGAGAAGGAUGCAUGAAGAAUUGUAAGUUUGAGCUGCAUUCCGUAGAAGCCCUUUCGUGGACUUAUGUUGUAUCAGUGGAACUCACUUCACUUUUUAGUGCUACAUCCUAUUAUGGUGAGCUUAUUCGCAAAGCUUUUCUUGAUGAUUGGUGUUAUAGAUAAUUUAAAAUAUCACAACACCUUGAAUUGAAAGGCAAUGCUGUAAA